AUGACUACUACAACAUUUUCAUUUAUCGAAUCUCAAUUACAUGAUGUUAUUCGAAGUCAGCAAGCUACCAUUGAUCAGUUAACUGCUGAAUUAGAAUUUAAAAAAAAUUAUGUACCAUUAGAACAAUAUGAGGAUGCAUUAUUAAAAUUAGAAUCAAGUGCAAAAACUGAAAUUGAAUUAAAAGAUAAAUUAAAUGAUAUGAAUUUAAAAUUAAAUGAGACAUUUGUUAUAUUGAAUGAUGUUUGUAAAAAAAUUGAUUCUGAACGACAAAUUUUUAAUAAUUUAUUAUUAAAUAUUAAAAAAACAACUGUUAAUGAAAUGAAAAAAAAUACUGAACUAUUUACUAAAACAUUACAAAUUGAAAAUGAGUAUGUUGAACAACGGCAAUUAUUAGAAACAAAAAAUUGUGAAUUAAAACAGUUGACAAAUAAAAUGAAAUCAAAUGAUAAAAAAUUAUCAUAUACAAUAAAUAAAUUAGAAGUAAAAUUAGAACAAGAAAAAUUUAUAACUAGAGAAAUAUCGAAAAAUAAAUUUAAAUAG